CAAAAGGUAAAGAAAUUUCUCUCCGUUUUCUUCGUCCGCCUUCAUUCUCUUCUCUCUCCAUCGGCACCGAACCAAAACAACCAAGGCAGAAGAAAACCCACCAGCGAGAGACGUGGCGAGAGAGAGAGAGAUAGAGAGGGCAAGGUGAAAGCUUUUUAGUUUCUCUCUCUUCCGAUAAGCAAAGAUCACUGUAUCAACAAUCAGACAAUGCCUGCUUUGAAGAGCUUUUCCGCCGCCGAGGAAGAAGACGACCAACUGUGUCGGAACCCAGAAGCCGAACGAUAUGAUCCGGAAGCUGAGGAGGAAGAAGAAGAUCCGGACCAAAUGGAUGAGAUGGACGAAGAUGAUAACGAAGGUGGAGAUGAGGAAGUCGGUGAUGACGUGAAACGUGACAUAGAGGAAGAAGACGACGAAGUAGAAGCAGAGGAUGAGGAAGCGUUAGAAGAAGAAGAUUCUAAGGAAAGGAGUCAGUCUUCUACAUCAGAAGAGCAAUCAGAAUCAGAAUUUAUGGAUAUCGAGCUAGGGGAUAUCCGUAGGGAUGUGCAGUGUCCGAUAUGUUUAGGAAUUAUAAAGAAAACAAGGACUGUCAUGGAAUGUCUCCACCGGUUUUGUCGAGAGUGCAUCGAUAAGUCAAUGAGAUUGGGGAACAAUGAAUGUCCUGCUUGCAGAAAACAUUGUGCAAGCCGACGUUCUUUAAGAGAUGACCCAAAAUUUGAUGCCUUUAUUGCAGCUUUAUUCAAUAAUAUUGAUAGAUUUGAAACGGAGGAAUUGACUUUUGAUGAAGAUGAGUUGGCUCGUAAGAAACAGAUUCAAGUAUCUAUAGCCCAAGUGUCGCAACGUCAAUCUGAGGCCCUUGUGAAAAGAAAGUCUUAUGGUAAAGAAGUACCGAGAUCACAACGUAUCGGUAGUGGCUCCAGAAGAAGAAGGAACUGCAGAAACAUGGAACAGGAUGCAUCAGAAGCCCAUGAUGAUGAUGAUAAUAACAACGUAGGCAAAGAUUCUUCUUCAGAUGAGCCUUGUGCCGAGUUACCGCCGAGAAAACGAAAAAAGCGCUCUACAACUCGUUCUACAGCUCACCCUUCUUCUUCAUGUCGAAACAACAACGAUAACUGCGCUGACAAGGGCACAGAGGAGACGCACAACAGAGACAGCAGAGGAAUAUCACCUGGGCUUGUGUGGAACCCGGAGAUACUUGCAUGGGGAAGAGGCGGCACAAGGAGUAACACAAGGCAAGGGAACAAUAACCAAGGAGCUGGUAGUAGGAAUGUUAGGAACGCUCGCUUGAACAGACUUGUGGAAUAUCUCGGGAGCUUAGAGAGUAACAGUGGCGAGUUGGAUAUUCAUCUUAGGCUUAUCUCGCUGGAUACAAAAUGUAUACCAAAAUUGCCUCAGCCAUAUCUCUGUUGCCGACCCACUUUGCUAGUCAAACAGCUCCGCGAAUAUGUUGCAGUCCAGAUGCAACUGAAGGCUGAAGAGGUUGAAUUGUUGGUGUGUAAAGAAGAUGAUAAGGCAAUUGAGAGUAAGACCUCAUCAUCAUCAACAGAGAAGCUGCAAAGUCUUAAAGAUGAGGAAACCUUGGCGAAGCUCAACGUUGACUGCACCUCAAGCCAUGGAUAUUUGGUACUGUCACUGUUAAGCAAUGGUAUUGUACCGGCAAAAGCAAAUCGGGUAGAAGCAGUAGACGUUGGAGAAUUUGAUUGGAACAAUGUAUAUGAAUGAAUUAGACUUUUAUGCUCGGGAUUGUUUCCUCAGUCGUCGUUUAACUUUAUCUGAAGAAUAUGUUGGUCUCAAACAUGAAACAAGUUUUAUAUUAUUUAAGAUAGUUUUUUUGAAGUUUGAUUAUAAGCUUGAACAGGAUACAUAACAGAUUUUGAAUAUGGAGGAGUGUGUGUUACUCUUAGCUGUCAGACAAUUAAAUCGUUCUCUAUGUAUAUUAUUAAAC